AUGUCUGAAUACGCUAAACCCCCCGUUGAUCCAGAUUUAGCUAAAUUCUCGGAAAAGAAUGAUUAUGAUUCUCUCGCGAAAUAUUUAGUUGGAAACAUAUAUAGAUACCGAGAAAAUAUUAUUAUACCUAGAAUAUUAGGACCCGUAAUUAUAAAAACAAAUGAGGAGAAAAUGAUUGAAGCCACAGUAGAAAGCUGCCCAUUUAAAUCACUAACUAGUUGCAUUAUUGGAUAUGGACUUGGAGCAGCUGUAGGAUUGUUCACUUCAUCAUUAAUGCCUAACAUGACAGACCCAAUGGCACAGCAGAAUCAGACAGCUAGAGAAAUAUUGCGAGAAAUGAAAAAUUCUAUGUUGAGCUAUGCAAAGAAUUUUGCCAUGCUCGGUGCUGUAUUUUCUGGGGUAGAAUGCUGUAUUGAAAGUGCAAGAGGAAAAUCUGAUUGGAAAAAUGGAACAUAUGCUGGAGGUGUCACUGGAGGACUCAUUGGUUUAAGAGGUGGUUUAAAGGCUGGUGUAUUUGGAGCUGCGGGAUUUGCUGCCUUUUCUACAGUAAUUGAUUACUACAUGCACCAGCGUGGA